AUGUCCACCGAAGACUCCCCCCUCUCCGCCCCUGCGCCCACAGUGCUCGGCGAGCUCGCAACAGAGCUCGAAGAACGGCCAUGGGCCUUGGCUUCAGAAAACGACGAGAGCGUUAGGGCGAAGAGUUUGAAGGCUGCUAAGGCUCUUUUUGACCUCAGCGUAAAGUGCGAGCAAUUGUCGCACCCGCAUAUCCAACCAUUCCUCGUAUCCAUCCUCGAACCCCCCUCCAUCGAAACCCGCUCCAAAUCCCAAUCCAAUUCUGCUCAAGCAGACAAGACGCCGAUGGACCCUAACGAAACCUUCCCCUACACCCCGCUCGACCUUUUGACCGUUGAGGGUUUUGACCCGGACCAGAUCUGGGCGCAAUUGGAGUUGAAGAAUGAGGGACUUGUACCAGUUUUGUCGAAGAUGGGGGAGCAAGAGGAAGUUCCUAAGGGUAUUGAAGAACUUUCGGACGCUUCUUCUGACGACAUGACGCUGGAAGAGUUUAGGGAGAUGUUGAAAGAAGCGGGCUACGAAGGGAUCGACGAGAUGUCUGACGACGAAGUGGAAGAACUCAAAGAAGAGAUGGAGGGGGAUGAUGGAGAAGAUGGAAAGAUGUCGCUGGAUGAGUUUAGGGAGAUGUAUAGGGAGGCGGGGGAAGAUGUGGAUAGUAUGACGGAAGAAGAGCUGAGGGAGAGGAUGGAAGAGAUGGAGGGAGGGUCUGACUCUGACUCUGAUAGUGAAGAGAGUGGGAGCGAAGAUGAUGAGGAGGAGAGUGACAGCGAAGAGGGAGAGGAAGGAGAGGAUGAAGAUGAGGAGAUGCUUUCUGGUGAAGACAACGAGCUCUCUGCUUCCGCUUCCGGCUCUGCCUCUGAAGAAGAGGACAAUGAAGAAGCAGGCCUCUCUGCCUCAGACGACGAAGACGACUCCUCCACCCUCCUCUCCGGCUCCGCCCCCUCUUCUUCCACCCCCGGCCCCUCCAAAGCCCGCAAAUCAAAAUCCAAACACCCAACUCUCGACGACGACUUCUUCUCCAUCGACGAUUUCAACCGUCAAACAGAAGAACUCGAAGCUGGCCGUCUUACUUCUGGCGGUUUGGGCGGCGACGACGAAGAGGAGGAGGAGGAGUUGCAAGAUUUUGGGAGUUUGAUGUUGGAUGGAGCUGGGGAUGAUGAUGAAAUCACUUAUGCCGACUUUUUUGAACCGCCAAAAGGUGGGGCCAAGAAAUCUUCUUCCUCCGGCUCGAAGGAGAAGAAGGGGAAAGGCAAGAGGAGCAAGAAGCCCAAGUAUGACGAAGACGAGGAUAUGGACGAAGACGAGGAGGAGGAGGAGGAAGUAGAUGAUGAUGAAGAGGCGUUUGGUGUUAUGGGACGUGUUAAGGGCGAUUUGUUUGAUAGUGAUGACGAGGGAGAAGUCGAGGAACAAGUCCUCUCCGCACACGAAAAACGUCAAAAAGCACUCGCCCUCCAAAUCGCCGAGCUCGAAGACCAAGCCGUCGGUCCCAAAGAAUGGACCCUCCUCGGUGAAGCUUCCAGUAAAGCCCGGCCUGAAAACUCAUUGUUGGAGGAAGAUUUGGAUUUCGAGCAGGUUGGAAAAGUUGUGCCUGUUGUGACGGAAGAUUCAGUUAAGAGUAUGGAAGAGUUGAUCAAGCAGAGGAUCUUGGAUAACAAUUUCGACUCGCCCGUCCGCGUGCGUGCAUACGAACCCACCCCCUUCCUUCCCUCCCGCUUCUUCGACCUCCAAGACACCCAAUCCGCCAAAUCCCUCGCACAAAUCUACGAAGAAGACUACCAAGCUGCCGCGUCGGGUGAAAAGGUCAAGGAUGCGAGGGAUGAAAAGCUCAAUAAGGCACAUGAGGAGAUUGAUGGGUUGUGGAAUGAUAUCUGUUAUAAGCUUGAUGCGUUGAGUAGUUUGAACUUUGUGCCCAAGGCUCCAAAAGCGAAUAUCUCGACAAUCUCGGAUUUACCGACGACGUCGAUGGAAUCUGCCCUCCCCCCAACAUCCGCCGCUUCCACAAUGCUCGCCCCUCAAGAACUCUUCGCCGCCCCCACCUCUUCCUCCCUCGUCGCCCGCUCCGAGCUCACAUCCGAAGACGCCCAAGCGCUGCGCACCAAACACCGCAGGCACAAAAAGGCCGACAGGAAGAAGCUCGGCGAGAUGGAAGAGUUGUAUGGGAAGAAGAAGCAGAGUGUCAAGGAGCAGAAGGAGGAGGCGUUGAAGGGGUUGGUGAAGAGUGGAAAGGGGGUGACGAUUGUGGGGAAGGGAGGGAAGGAGCAGGGGAAGGCAAUGAAGAGGGGUGGGGAGGGGCAGGGAGAGCAGCAGGAUGGGAAGCGGUUGAAGCUGUAG